AUGAGCGAUGCCAAGGAGAGUCUAAUGCCUGGUCCACAAGGUAGGACACCACACUUCUAUGAUGUUGAUCGUGGAGUGAAGACCGAAAGCUACAUCACAGCGGUGUCAAGAAAUCCGGUACCACCAACUCAACCGCCACCACAAAAACCAUCGGCUACCUACAGUAAGGUAACUGAAGAGGUAUCGGUCGAACCAGAGAGUACAGAGCCACGAACGAGGGACGAAGAUACGGUCGGCCUAACAGAAGAGGAACUUGAGCCCUAUCGAGAUGAUCCGACUUGGAAGACCGUUAGGUUUGUCCAAUUCUGUGAACUCGUCAUCUAA